UGGAUCUCUAUCUCUUAUUGACUUCGAAGCUACCGGCGCAGCUCAGUGUCGCAACUUACUACUUAACAGGUGUGGCACUACAACGCUAAUCCUAUACUUAAAUGGUGAAAUAAAGAAUACAUCCUUCUAGCGCUCACUCGCUCACCUGCUGUCAUAAUCAUUCACUUUAUAAACGUCGUUGCACUCUGGCUCUAACUAGCCUAUACUUAAUCAGGCGGCUGCCCUUCCGCUGCUACUCGGCUGCGCGCAUUCUCCAGGCUCGGCUUACACCGUCAUCGCCGGCCGCGCACAGCUUCUAUACUAGCAGUAGUUGUUAUAGCAAAGGCAAAGAGGGAGGGAACUGGUUAGAGAUGGCAGACGACGAGUUCGCCGAAGCCGCAGAGCGAAUGGAGGGCAUGGCGCUCAGAGGUAAAGGCAGAGGAGGACGGGAUCGACGCGGCGGCGGCGGCGGAAGAGGAGGUGGGAAGGGCCAGGACCGCGAGAUGUUGAUUUCGAAGGCGCUGUCAUCGCUGCUCCGACAUCAGGCUGAGAACGCGGGUAUUAAGCUCGAUGGUGAGGGGUACGCGCCGCUGGAUAAAGUGAUCCAAUGGCCGCGCAUCCGCUCGCUCAACCCGUCCUUCGACGAGAUCCGCUCCUCAGUCGCGGACAAUGCCAAGCAGCGCUUCGCCAUGAAGCCUAAGGACCCAUCUACGGAUCCGGAGAGCGCGCCGGCCGACCCAGCCGCGUGGCUGAUCCGCGCUAACCAGGGCCACAGCAUCGCGCUCGAGGCCGAGGCUAUCCAUAAGCCCGUCACUCUGGAAGACGCUAACGUGCCGCCGAUCGUCGUCCACGGCACUUACUUCGCCUUCUGGCCCGCAAUCGUGGCGUCCGGCGGGCUGAAGCGCAUGGGCCGGCAGCACGUGCACUUCGGGACGGGGUUGUUGCCCGAGGACGGCGAUGCUGGUACUAGUCAAGGGGGAGGCAAUAGUGGAGUGGUCAGCGGCAUGAGGUCCGAUGCAGAGCUGCUUAUGUUUGCGGACGUAGAGAAGAGCUUGAGAGAGGACAGCGGGAUUAAGUGGUGGAUUAGCGCGAAUGGGGUCGUGCUAACGGACGGGAAUGAGGAUGGUCUGGUGCCGCUGAAGUAUAUCAAGGAAGUUAGGGGACGCAAGCAGGGUGUGGGUGUCUUAUGGCGCGAUGGCGAGAAGGUAGUGGAUUUGCCGCCGGAUAUUGUUAUGAAGGCACCUAUGGGGAAGAGUAGAGGGGGUGCAGGUGCAGGAAGGGGAGGUCGAGGAGCUCGAGGAGGACGGAGAGGUGGAAAGGGGGGAGGUCAGGGAGAGGCAAAGUGAAUGCUCGACAACGCAAGAAGUAUGAGCGCCUAAAAAAAAUAUGUGUUACUCAGGUCAAGGACACGUAGAAAUAAUUAUGAUGCUAAGCCCUGGGAUUAAAUUCCUCCUUGUUGUGACUCGGUUGUUACAUUCACCGUAUUGCCAACAUUGAUUCGUCGUCUUAAAGUAGUAUGACAAACCCCUUUGAACUUGG